CGAGAGAAGGGGCAGCGACGACGAGAAUUGGAGCGAAAUGCUCGAGAGCAAGAGAAGGCCGCGGGCACUGGAGAAUAGAGCACUGCCUCGCAGCGCCUCUGCCGCUGCAGCGCCGCGGCCGAAGAUCAGCAGGGAGCGAGUGGGAGGCCGUCGGGAGGAGGAUUCGCAUUUAUCGAAGGGACGAUGGGAAACACUUCGUCCAUGCUGACGCAGUAUGAUAUAGAAGAUGUGGAAAACCACUGUUCUCAGCGAUUCACUCAGCGAGAGAUUGUUUCUUUGUACCAAAGAUUCUGUGCGCUCGAUCGGAGUGGCAAAGGUUAUAUUUCUGGUGAUGAGUUCAUGUCUGUUCCGGAGUUUGCCGUGAAUCCUCUUUCACAGAGACUACUUGGAAUACUGGAGGGUUUGAAUUUCAAGGAAUUUGUUGCAGUGUUGUCAGCUUUCAGUCCUUUAGCAACCAUUAACGACAAACUAGACUUCAUCUUCAGAGUCUACGAUAUUCGAAACAAUGGGAAGGUGUCUAGUGAAGAUAUGAUACGAGUUCUGCGUGACCUCUCUGGUGACUUCCUAACAGAUAAACAACGACAGGCUGUUGUUACUCAAGCUCUGGAAGAGUCAGGAUAUUCAAAAGAUUACUCACUGACGCCUGAAGACUUUUUGAAGGUUCUUAGCAACGGUGGUCUCAAAAUGGAUGUGGAGGUGCCGAUCGACUGAUCGUUUUGGACAGGUGUCGAUAAGCAACGGCAUAUGCCUCGGUGUGGGUUGGGAUAUUUACGAAACGACAGGGCCCAACCGAUCUUCAUUCGUCCCUUUGUGGAUGUUUCAAAGGACGGUUAGGGAAAACUUUCUAGUUGGAGCCACAAUCGUUUAUUUAUUCGCUUCUCCCUCUCAGAGCCGACUCUGGUGCUGUUCACGGUUUCGGCCCGCAUAUGCUCCUCUAGCCCAUUUCAAUUGAAUGAUAAGCCUCGAAGUCACGAGUUGUACAUUGGUUGUGGAGAAAGUGGUAGUGAAGGAGUAAGAGACAGUCGGACACCAUGUAUCUCAUUCUAGGAAACAUGGUCAACCAACUUCUCAACCGAAUUUUCAAAUGAUUGCAAAGUGUUAUCGAUUUUGCAUUUCCCUGAAUAGCAAUUUCGCCUAUAUGCAGUAACAAUGGCACAUUUUCAUGUCAUAAUACUUUAUAAAAUAGUCCAUUCCC